UUUGUUGACUCACACACUCUUUCACUAUAAAACUGAUCUCUACGUUUUUCAAGUUCCUUACAACUACUCUCUCUACCUUUAAUAUUCUUCUUCUUUGAUCUGCAAUUUCUUGUGAAAUUUCUUGUUCACAUCACUGCAAUUAAGAGAACAUGAAGAAAGUGGUGUUGAAAUUGGAGCUAUAUGAUGACAAAGCCAAGCAAAAGGCCAUGAAGAGAGUCUCUGGUCUCACAGGGGUUGAUUCAAUAGCCAUGGAAAUGAAGGACAAGAAGCUGACAGUGACAGGGGACAUAGAUCCAGUGACCAUAGUUGGGAAGCUGAGGAAGAUCUGUCACACAGAGAUAGUCACAGUUGGACCAGCAAAAGAGCCUGAGAAGAAGAAAGAUGAUGGGAAGAAAGAUGAGGCCAAGAAAGAUGAUGGGAAGAAAGGAGAUGAUAAGAAGAAAGAAGAUGCCAAAAAAGAUGAGCAGCUUCUCAAGGCCUACCAGGCAUACCAACAAGCCUAUUAUCAGAGACCCCCCGUGCCCGUCAACUACUACUAUAGAAGUGCCGAGGAGGAUCCCAAUGCUGCUUGUGUCAUCUGCUAAUUGGUUCAUCUUAUGUUAAAAAAAAAAAAAUCUUAUUAGUUUUCAUAAAGGGUAUUGCCUCAAGAAGAGAGCUUUUAUGUACAGUAGAUGGUAAUGGGUUUUAUGUAUUUUGAUUUUUUUUUUUUUUUGGGUUCUAUUAUUUUGGCAUAAUCAAAAUCAAUGUAUGAAUUUACCUUUUGAUAAUAUAUGUAUAAAUGGGGCAUGUUGGUGGCUUUGAGUCAUUGCCUUGAACCUUCAAGUUA